GGGGCGGGAUAAGCCAAAGCCAAACAGUAAAGAAGGAGAAGCGGCGGUGCGUCUCUCGGUAACAGUGUUUGCCCCGCCCCCUUUCCCCGAACUGCAGCUUAUCACCUCAAGAUUGAUGCAUGUUUUCAUCAUUGCCUUAAGCUUGCUGAGAGUUUGGAUAAACAUGGCGCAACUCCAACAAGGAGGUCCUGAUGAAAAAGAGAAGACUACAGCAUUAAAGGACUUGUUGUCUAGAAUAGACUUGGAUGAACUGAUGAAAAAAGAUGAACCACCUCUUGAGUUUCCUGAUACCCUUGAAGGAUUUGAAUACACCUUUAAUGAAAAAGGGCAGUUAAGGCAUAUAAAAACUGGAGAGCCAUUUGUUUUUAACUACCGAGAAGAUUUACAUAGAUGGAACCAAAAACGCUAUGAAGCUCUUGGAGAGAUCAUCACUAAAUAUGUGUAUGAAUUAUUGGAAGAAGAAUGCCAUUUGAAAAAAGUAUAUGUUCCAGUAGAUGCAGAAGAGACCGAACCUAGGAGUUUCAUCUUUAUGAGUGAGGAUGCACUGAUAAAUCCUGAUAAAUUGAUGAUUUUAAUUCAAGGCAGUGGUGUUGUCAGAGCAGGACAGUGGGCAAGAAGGCUUAUUAUAAAUGAAGAUCUGGAUAGUGGCACUCAGAUUCCUUAUAUUAAAAGAGCUAUAGAGGAAGGCUAUGGGGUAAUAGUACUGAAUCCGAAUGAGAACUAUAUUGAGGUUGAAAAGACAAAAGCUCAACAACAGCCGUCUCCAGAUAGCUCAGAUGAACCUGCUGAAAAAAAAGAGAGAAAAGAUAAAAUUCCAAAAGAUACAAAGAAGCGACGAGACUUCUAUGAGAAAUACCGAAAUCCACAAAAAGAAAAGGAAACGAUGCAAGUCUAUAUUAGGGAAAAUGGUUCUCCUGAAGAACAUGCAAUUUAUGUAUGGGACCACUUUAUCUCCCAGUCGUUAGCUGAAAAUGUAUUUGUUGUUGCUCAUAGUUAUGGUGGAUUGGCAUUUGUGGAAUUGAUGAUUCAGCGAGAAAUAGAAGUAAAAAGUAAAGUUACUGCAGUGGCAUUGACAGAUUCAGUUCAUAACGUGUGGCAUCAAGAAGCUGAUAAAAUUGUUCGGGAGUGGAUGCGAGAGAAUUGCUGUAAUUGGGUAUCAAGUUCAGAACCUCUGGAUACAUCAGUAGAGUCCAUGCUACCUGAUUGCCCACGUGUUUCUGCAGGGACGGAGCGGCACGAGCUGACCUCCUGGAGGAGCUACAUGUCGAUCUUUCGGUUCUUCCACGAGGCGAUGGAAGCGAAAACCAGCUCGGGCAAAGCGGCUCCCACGCGACGGUCGCAACGGAUCCGCUACGAGGAGCUGUAAAGCGGACGGAAGCGGCUCCCGCUUGUCUCUGGGCAGGCGGCGCGCUGCGUUCCCAGCCCCUCAUUAGAUUGUUUUCUUCCUAGAGCACAGGGUCGCCGUCUAUACAUCUAAGUAGUGUUUUGCAUUAUUUCUAGAUGAGUGCAACUGUCAAAGCAAUAUGGGUUCACUGCUUAUGCUUCCUGUGGGCUGCGGCUUGGAUUUCGGGCUGCCCAUCAGUGCGCAGAUUAAGGCUGACAGCAGCGCUGCACGGCGCAGUCUGGCGCAGCUCUAAUUGCCCCGGACGCAGCCCUGCACUGAGUUGAUGGCGGGCUGCUGCCGCCGUUGCCGCCGCCGCCGCCGCGACUCUUCCCUGGUCCUAACGCCCGCCUCGCUGGCUUCCCGCCCUCUUUUUCCCCCCCUCCAGCCGCCCAGCCUUGGCCCUCGUUUUAGAUACACAUUUAAAACAAAGAAUUUAUUUCCGUUUCACAAUGUAGGCCUGUAUGUGCUAGACGUUUUAAAGUAAUUUCCCGCAAUGUUAUUUGGAGAUUUUUAUUUUUAAAGGUCCCGCGUUUUAUUUAUUUUUAUUUUUUUUUAAAUCCACAUGAAGGGAUAAACUGCUGUGUCCCUGUGAUCUCCAGUGAUGCUUUUCUCUGAGUGGAGUAUAAAUGCUUAGACUCUCACAUAGCCACGACGUAUUUUUUGUUUCCUUGAAUGGGUAGCUCAUUUUCUUUUCAUGCAGAAGAAAGCCUCUGCGUUGAACUUGAAAAUGCAGUUAAUCGAUACCUAUUUUUUUAAAAUUAUUGGGAAGAUUUGAACGAUUCCAAGCAAAUCUCAAUUGUGGGACCGAACUCAAACACACCCAGUUUUAGUGCUUGAGGAAUGCACUUUCCAAAUGUUUUUAUUGUUUUGGAAUACUUUAGGGUUUUCAGGGAAAAUUGCUGGAUCCUUUUAAAAAGUAGAAAUAGGAGCAGUAGUAUUUUAAAGUGUUUCUUCUGAUGCUUGGUUGGCAUCUUUAUUUUUUAUUCAAAUAGAUUAUCUAUUUUAUGACAGAUCAAAUAGCUAAUAACUUUUAUUAGCUAAUAAAUAACUAAUAACUUUUUUAAAAUCCUGGAUGGUACCAGAAUUCCAAAAAUCUAGCCUUUUCUGAGUGCAAGGCAAAGGGAGAAGCAGCAACAUUUUCAGUUUGGCAAAACAGGGUCAGCAUUAGAAAGGAGCCACCCUCUCUUGUUGCUGAGGGAUAUCACCCAUCAUUGUCCCCUCACAUGGUCAAACUCCUCAUUUUUUCUUAGUCAUUUGCCUAUCACUGUGAAAUAUUGAUGGACAAAAAAAGUGUUGGUCCUCAUUUAAUGACUACUUGUUCAAUUACCGUUUGAACUUACAACAGCACCGAGCAAGUGAUACAACCAGUUCUCAUACUUAUGGCUGGAUGAGUAUCCUACACACACACAAAUAGUCACAUGAUCACCUUUGGGACCUUCCCUGCCAGCUUCCCACAAGCAAAGUCAUUGGGGAAACUGGCAGGAAGUCAGAAGUUGCAAUCACAUGAGGUCUUCACUUAACAACCUGCACAGACCUCACUUAAUAACUGGAGACUGCCAGAUCUGCCAUCACUAAGCCACACAAUCACAUGAUGUCAUGUUUUAUGAUUGCACUGCUUAGUGAUGGUAGCUCCAGUCCCAAUUACUGUUGUUGGACUACUUUUAUUAAUGCUACUAUAUCUAGCAUUAUUAUGAAAACAGUCCUAAUCACUUUUAAUGACUUGGGCUUAAAAAGAAGUCCAUGUAGGCAUGAAUCCACAUUUUGUCAACAGAUCUUUCCAAUUGUAUGAAAUGACUUCUGCCUCAUCCUUGGGCUAUGACACUGCCUACUCUCAACAUCCAUAGGUGUGGCCUAUAUCAAAAUUGAAAAGCCAGCCAUUUUUGCUUCUCCAGGAAUUUUCUGCUAACAGCUGCCGCCUGAUGCAAGAUUUCAGCACUUAGCAGUUGAUCCAGAAUUGUCAGAAAGUGGACAAUGCCAAGCGACCAAAUUGCUCUGGGUGUCUUGAAUGAGCCGGUGUGAGAACUGUGACUUUAGCUUCUUUAGCUUCUUUGGAAGCACUAAUUGUCAUGGACUGUAGGAUAGGUGCCAAGCAUAUAAGCAGUUGAACAGCACACAAUGCAGUCAUUUUAUUCUCUCAUAUGGCUUCACUUCUGAUGACACUAAAACAGAAUAUUGAUCACAUUUCUUUCAUUGUAUUUAUUUGACAGUUUUGAAAUUGGAACCACUCUUCUUCCUACAAACACACAUUUAUAGUGAAGCUUUAUGAUUUCAGAAGACCCCGGGAAGAAUCUGAAGGGCUUUUUUUGCCCUUAUGUACGCUUAUUAUUCAAUGGCUGUCUUACUUAUCUGAAAAUGUAUACUCUGGUAUAUGGCUCUCAUUCAGUGGAAAAAACUAGAUCACUGGAUUGUUACCUUUGCUGGAAAUCUACCAGGUAAAGGCCAGGACCAAGUGGCUCCCAAGGCUAUCUAUUUCUCCAUGGGUGUAGAUGCUUUUGUGUGUCUGCCUACAUGUUGUUGCUUCCUCACUUUUUUUUUUUUUUAAGAUUCUCUCACAUAUCAAUGAAUACCAUUUGAGUCCUAAAAAAGUGGAACUGAGAUUUAUUUUUUAUUUUUAUUUUUGCAGUAGAUGGUUGAUUGUUCCUCAAUUGUACCAACAUCCAAUCCAAUGGGUUGCUUAUGGUUGGUUUAUUUAAUUGUUUAAUUUAGCUUAUCCUUUCUUCUUUGCCUGGUCAUUUCAGUUUUUAUCAUUCUUUGUCGCAUGAAUGGUGGCUAGAAAUCUUUUGUUUCUGUACACUCCCCAUUUAUGCAAAUCCUGGAUUUUUUUUCCUCGUGCGCUGAUUUGGUUGCUGUUUUGUAUUCCUUAUGAAUUGUACUGUUGAGGUUUUUUUCCCCAUAGUCAUAGAAAAAUAAACCACCAUAACCUGCAAUCUCUCAGUCAGGAAGUCUUUUGAGGCUAUCAAAGUGCCAAAUCUGAUCAAGCAAUCUCCCUAUCUGUUUUUUAUUUAUUUUUAAAUAUCAAUCAUUAGUUUCUACUCCACAGUGCAGAUCCACAAGCCCUAAAUAAUGGGGCAAAAUAUUGUUGCCCAGUUAGCACUCUUGCUCUUUGUGGACCAAACCGUAAGCACAGGGAAAUAUUAAAGAUUGUCUCUUUCUAUUUACACUGAACCUAGGAACAAUAAUAAAAAUAAAGAUGGUUUUUCUUCUAAUA